GGUCCAGGUGGUCGAGAAUGCGUAAAUACGCAUCAAACACACGCAAAGCACUUACGAAAUUGUGCGCGUCAUGAAAAAAGCUCGAUUCCUGCGGCUCCUGGCACUUCUAUGAAUAAAUAAGCUGUUUUCAGAGAAAGCCUCCUGGAUUUUGUCUGCUGGAGGAACAACCAAAAGAGCAGAAGGCGCUUCGGGGGUGCGUCGCUGCGAUCUCUCUAGAAAACGGACAGAUCGGGACCAAACAGUUUAGGGUGAACUUCAGACUUUUGGCCAAAAAGAAGGCAACCUUUAAAAAAAAAAAAAAAAAAAAAGAUCAAGACGGCUCGUCGCAGCGACAGGUGGAGAUAUGUUCAAGAAAAGCAAGAGUAAAGUGCUGGUGGAUUAUGCGUCAGAGGAAGACGACAUGUCCUGGCACCACCAUCACUCCUACAAGGACAAAGACAUAGAAGGAGAGGAAGAGGAGGAGGAAGCUGUCACUGCAGUAUCCAAGGAGGCCAAGGUGAAGAAGAUCAUGUCCAAGAAAGAGAGGAGGGAGAAGAAGAUGUUCUCCUCUAAAGAUGACGAGCACUUCUUGUUGACCGGAGUAAAGCUGGCCGACCGCAGAGGGUCACACAAGAAAAUCAAGGAUGAUGAGAAGGAAAAGGAAAAAAAGGACAAGCCAGAGAAGGGCCACUGUUUUUGGGAGAACGUUACCAUGACGAUGAAGCAGAUCUCCCCCACCAAAAAACUGGAGAAGAUGGAGGGCUGGGAGCCGCCACACCUGGAAAACUUAACCGAGACUGUGACCAACGAAGCCCCAGAGGACAAGAGCCAGAAUAGGGAUUCGCCAGUUUCCUUUCCCGACUCUGUAGGCCUCCCGUUGGAACUGGCCUCCUGGGCGGGCCAGGGUCUUGAGGAGGACUCCUCCCGCUAUGCUAAUCUGUCGGACUCCAAGGAUUCAACGGCUGCUGUCAGGUGGACAGCCCGUGCAAAGGUCAAGUUGGCUGGCAUCAGCAGGAUGAGCAGAGGGAUCGUGUCAGAAAGCGCUUGGGAGGGGUUUAAAUAGGAGCCAUUUCACCUUUGAUACCCUCCCUCAUCACCUAUGUACUGUCAAGAUUGAGAAUCAAGACCUGAACCAAAAAUCUGCUCGUCUCUGUAGUCUAGUUCUAGACGAACCCGGUGUUUAUGUCAGCUGGUAUUGAGAUGCUGUUGUAAAGCCCUGAACAUAACACGUGUUAUUAAAGCGUUGAGGUCCUCAACAUGCUAGUUUUAUCAAUGGGCCUUUGAAUCACUGACAAACUGUAAAUUACAACAAAUAAAAGCCUUAAACUACUGUACCAUUUAACUGUGAUAUCCAAUGGCCUGGCAUUUAGAUUUUUUGUAUUUCCAAGAAAUGAGAAGAGUGAUUUUCAUAUAAUUAUUGUGGCUGUCAGUGGUAGAGAAUCAAUGAAGAAUAUGCAAACCUCCUGAAGACUUCCUUUCUGUCUAUACAGCAGACAGUCAAGAAUGUGAGUCUGAAGCCCUAAUUUACACAUCAAUAAUGGGCUUAAAAUAUGUGCAAUCAUGAAAUAAUUUGGAUCUGGAAUAUUAGUGUGUGUUUGUAUGUGCGUUUGUGUGUGAAAGAGAGGUUGAUGGAGAGGAAGUGAGUUUAAUGGACAUGCAUGCACAUGUGUUUUAGUGAAUCAGAGAUUUGAAGUUCUGUUGUGGGGCAAACAAAUCAACGCAACCCUCACAUUGUCAUAGUUUGAUACUGAUCUGAUGCUGAAUAUUUUUUAGAACAUUUGUAAUGCUGACAAGCUAAAUGCCAAACUCUGUGUAUACUUGUUUCUCAAGAAAAGCAUGAUCCUUCAUGCAGCUGUGCCUUGCAUCAAUACAAUGACAUCAUGUGUGUGCUGUACAUUUGAACUAGAUCAUUCUCUGUGUACAAAACAGAUGAACUCAUCACGAGGCCUAUGCAUGUGCAAAUGGGUCAACCCAGCAGCAGUGUUUGUGUGCUACAUUAUGAAAAGUCCUUUAAUGCUGUUUGUAUAUCUGUAUAUUGUAUAGGACUGAGACAAUGAAGAGUCAUUUCAUUUCCACAGUGAUUUUUCCUUUAGGUGAAUAAGAAGCGGUCUUUGCUUCUCUCUUCUCUUCUUUUUCUUUGUUUAAAUCUGUUUACUGAAUUUGUUUGACACUGAAGUCUGCUUCGUUGCAGCCAGUAGUGUACACAGAUACAGGUGCACUUCCAGGGAUGCGUGCAUUCUGUAUUUAUUCAUCAAACGGCUGGGUCGCAUUCUCUCAAGCAGAAUAAAGAUCUAAG